CCAUCUGCAUCCGGUCUGGAACAAUACGGUGAAAACAGCAUCGAGGCAAGAUGGCGCAAGGUAAACAGAAGUUCAAAGCGCAGCCCGGUGGAGCCAAGAAACCUCAACAAAACAAAAACAAAGGUCCCAGAAAAGGAGGAAGGACGAUUGCACCAAAGAAGGUUAAAGUAGUACAACAACAGCAGUUGAAGAAGGGCCUGGAGGUGGCCAUCAGGAACAAGAUAGAGGAAGAGGUGACCCACAGAGCCAGUACUAAACUCCACAAGAGGCUGAGUAUUGUGAAGGGGGCGGAGGUGAAACCAACCCCCUCUAAAGGAAACAACCAUCCCAACCACCCUGCACCCAGCACCUCCAAAUAAACACACUCUGUCUUCCUGUUGUUCUCUCUCUGUCUGUCUCUCGGUCUGGUCUAGUCUGACUGGUUUCGCUGUGCUAGAUAUAAGUUAAUAAUGUCUCCCAAAUGGCACCCCUAUUCCCUAUAUAGUGUUCUACUUUUGAACAGUGGCCCAUAGGGCUCUGGUCGACAGUAGUGCACUGUAUAGCGAAUAGGGUGCCAUUUGGGACGCAUUCAAUGUGUUAGAGACACUGCUGCUAGGCUGAAUGGACUGACACGAAGUCACACGUCUAUCGAUGGCUGAGGAGUGUAAUAUUCAAGUCUCCACUAGAUGGUACUAUAGCAGUCAUAGUUUUGGUGAGUAUACUGGUAGACUUGGCUUCUUGCUAUCGCCUCGAGGACACAAGAAGAGGAACCUGAGGAUGCCACAGAAGAGUAUUGAGAUGCACCCUAGAUAGUCAACAGCCUACAGUUGUGAUCUCUGUACUGUAUAUUGAAGGGGCCAUCAAGUAUUUUUUUUGUGAUUGUCUUCUGUUGCACUAACGUCAGAAUUGAGACAAUAGUUUCUCCCAUGUAUUCCAAUGCAAAGGGCGUGAAUAAAAAGCUGUGGACAUUU